UAUCGUGACGUUAUUAUUAGUAAGUCGCUGACACGCACGCGCAAUGAGCUUCGCCGGUUGCAGGCGAAUCGAGGAAGGAACUGAGCUGGAUGAAACUACAGCUUUAUUUUCACCAGUAUAAUUAAAAUGGGAAGGCAGAAGACUCCAGACCUGUAUCGUGCUCCAUUUCCCCUUUACACUGUGCGAGUACAUCGUGAUACUGGGUUAGUCAUUACUGCUGGAGGAGGUGGUGCAGUCAAGACUGGGAUCAAGAAUGGGGUGCAUUUCCUGCGUCUUGAAUGUGUAGAGGGACAAGUAACUGCAUCGCUUGCUCACUCCUUUGACACAGACACACAUCCCACAAUGAAUAUGGAACUUGGGGCUGAUGUCAUUGCAGCAGGACAGGAUGCAAACUGUUGCUUGUUACGAUUUAAAGAAGUUACUAGUAAAGAAGAACCAAAUAAGGAGGCUCCUGCAAAGAAAGGAGCUGCCAAUAACCAGGGACCUAGAAGGAGGAAGCCUGGAGGUAGCCAUUCUGGUGCUGCAGAGAGCAAUGGAGGUAAAAUUUUAAAGAACAACACAACUCGGAUUGCUGUGGAAAAGUUACAGGAGGUGCAGACAGACUUCAGCACAGAGGGAUUGCAGAAAGCAUUACGUUUUAGUUCAGAUCUCAGUCUUCUGGUGACAGGUGGCGCUGAUGGACACAUUCGUGUCUGGGAGUAUCCUACUAUGACGAAGAAGUUAGAUUUUAAAGCACAUGAAGGUGAAAUUGAAGAUUUGGACAUCAGCCCAAACAAAAAGGAGUUGGUAACAGUUGGGAGAGACUUUACCUGCUAUGUGUGGAAGAAUGACCAACUAGUAACAGGACUACACUGGAAUGAAAACUUUCCUGGUAUACCAGAUAAAAUGUACCGAUACCAGGCUUGCAGAUUUGGGAGAGUAGAAGAUAACAAAGAAGCACUGCGUCUCUAUACCAUCCAGGUCCCAAAUAAAAGGGACCGUAAGCCUCCUCCCUGUUACAUCACAAAAUGGGAUGGCAGAACCUUUCUACCGCUUCUUACACAGCCCUGUGGGAAUGAAGUCAUAUCAUGUUUAGCGAUCAGUGACUAUGGAACUUUUCUUGGUUUGGGAACUGUGACAGGAUCAGUAGCAAUUUAUAUUUCCUUUUCAUUACAGAGGUUAUACUAUGUAAAGGAGGCCCAUGGAAUUGUAGUCACAGACUUGGCUUUUAUACCAGAAACAAAAUCUAGUCGGCAGCUUAUUGGAGAAAAUGAAGCAGUGAUGUUAAGUGUAGCUGUUGACAGUCGUUGCAAAUUACAUUCUCUCCCAAACCGAAGAUCAUUUCCUGUCUGGUUUGUUCUCCUCAUCUGUGCCCUUAUGAUUGUUGCUUCAGUUCUUUUUCUACAGUAUGCCUUUCCGGGGUUUAUUUAAGACUAAAAUAUAACAAUUAAAUGGUUAGGAGGUGCCAUUACUCUACUUUGUCAGUAUAUUUUUCUUUUAUGACACUGAAAUCAUAUCUUUCAUAAAUAGUGCUAAGGUAGUGUGAUUUAUCUGGAAAAGCUCAAUCAUUACUGCUAACAGUUCAGAACUGUGCAACUUUGAUUAUGUUCUUCUACUUGACUUAACUUUUGAAAUAUUAACACAAUUUACUGUUUAGACAAAAUGUUCAACAUUCUUGUAACCAACAUAGCUUGAAAAUGCACAAAACUCAAAUAUUAAAAUUUAUGUAAACAAAGUGCUGUAGUACAUAUGAAUACCGAUUCAGUUCACCACCACACUGAUUGGUUCAAAUACUGGAUAUUUUUGAAUUGUGUACUAAUAAUCUGUGAAAAGGAAAUGUUUAUUAAUCUAUUUAAAUCCUCAAAUAUUAUAGGAGUUGCAGCUACCAACCAGUCCUACAGAAAUGUAAAGUGUUCAGUUAUGAAUUAAGUAGUCAUUGGUAUCUGAAAGACAGACGUUUAACUCGAAAAAUACUAGCCACAGCAGAGAGCAGAGUGUAAGGUUGUUCUGUGCAUUCUUUUGUAAAUUUUAAGAUGACUUUUUAAAUAACAGAUGUUAACUUUAAAAUAUAUAUGUAUAAUUGUAAAUUAUUAAAGUAAUAUAAUCAUUUUUAACUGGUUUGACAUUAUCUGUAUUAUAUUUUGCAUCAAAUACAGCUUACAAUGCCACUAUACUUUGCUUGACAAAGAUUUAAAAAAUAGUAUUUACUGUACACCUUUCCACAUACUGAAAAAGGUGUAGUUAGGAAUUUCCUAAAGUAACAGAUACUGACAAUUAAAAUGCCACUGUACAAUAAAUUGAUAUGGCAUAUGUUUUUAAAAAAGCAUGAUUUAUUAUGAGUUAGAAUUAUCAUGGUUUGUUUUGUACAAAUUAAUGUUACCUCCAUAAAAGUGAAGGAUAUAAAUAGCAUUUCUUUAAAAACCAUUACAUCUUUAUUGUAGUUUUUUCAUUUCUGUGCCAGAUUUUAAGUUUCUGCAGGAUUUCUAUUUCAAGUAGCACGAGCCCAGUAAAAUUAAUAUAUGAAAAUAGAUUUAUUAUAAUUUGAAGUAAUUACUCAUCAUGCAGCAUUUAGCAUAGUUUUUUUAGAUUUUAGGCAUAGUUUAAUUAUGCUUUUAAAGUCAUCCGUGUUCUUGAGCAUGUUAACUUUGUUUUGUUCACAGAAAUAUCCAGGAAGUACAUUAAUCAGGACAUAUUUUUAUUGCUUUUUAAAAGUUUUUUUUUUUUUUUUUUUAAUAAUCCUUUGCAUGCCUCACUGUAACAUUCAGCAAAAUGUUAAUAAAGCUGUGGAUAUUUAUCUUUAAAAAAUAAUUAUAUUGAACAAUUUGCCAGAUCAUAGAAUCUUAUUCUCAGACCUUUCCUAGUAGGGGAUUGAUAUAGGGCAGCAGUAGCCAGCUGUUAGAGUUGGUUAUUUCUUUUAUGCAACUAUGCAUAUACAAUUAAUGAACUUGAAAGUGUCUACGAUGUUAAUAAAAUUACUUUCCUUUUCACUGUG